GCAUGCGCAGUGACCUCCGGAGGCGGAGGCGUUGGUGGAGGCGGGGGUGGAGCCCGGGACCCGGGGACCCGGGGAGCCGGGGAACCUGAGGCCGGGUCCCGGCAGCGGGGCCGGCUCCCCCGGAUCGCGGCGCAGCGGAGUACAGCGGAUCUGGCCCGAAGCCCGGGGACCCGGGCCGCGCGGGGCAGGACUCGUCUUGACGUGACGUGACGUGACGUGACGGGGCGCCUGAGGGAGGGCUAGGAGUCCCGGGGAGACCUUGACUUCCUCCUCGGAGUCCCUCGAGAGACCCCCGAGCCCCCCCACGGGGAAAGAAACCCUGGACCCACCCCCAGAGACCCUCAGACUGCAGCCCCUGACGGGGAGAUCCCAGCUCUCCGGGGGGGCACUCGCUGCGGAGCGGGGGACGGCCCCCCGCGGACUCUUAGAGAGGGGGAGCCACCGGACUGGAGGCGGAGUUCCAGACCGGCACCCCCCCGUAACCUGGGUACCCCCCAGGUCUCGGGGGGGGGCAGUGACAGGCACCUCCCCCACCCCCAAGCCCGGAGAGGCCCAGAAUUGUGGGGAAACCCAUCCCACCGGGUGGGGAAACCCUCAGUCUUGGGAAGGGAGGCCUCAACUGCCUGGACUGGACCCUCCUGCUGUCUCAUGCCCUUUGCCUUUUGACCCAUGCCUGGCAUGGAGGGCAACCUCUCCCGGCUGGUGCCUGCUGCAGGGCUGGUGCCUGCGCUGCCCCCAGCGGUGACUCUGGGGCUCACCGCUGCUUACACCACACUGUAUGGCCUGCUCUUCCUCUCCGUCUAUGCCCAGCUCUGGCUGGUGCUGCUCUAUGGGCACAAACGGCUCAGCUAUCAGACAGUGUUCCUGGCCCUGUGUCUGCUGUGGGCCGCCCUGCGCACCACCCUCUUCUCCUUCUACUUCCGAGACACUGCUCGAGCCAACCGCCUGGGACCCCUCCCCUUCUGGCUGCUUUAUUGCUGCCCCGUGUGCCUCCAGUUUUUCACCCUCACGCUCAUGAACCUCUACUUUGCCCAGGUGGUGUUUAAGGCCAAGACAAAGCAGCACCCGGAGAUGAGUCGGGGCCUGCUGGCCGUGCGGGGGGCAUUUGUGGGGGCUUCGCUGCUCUUCCUGCUGGUGAAUGUGCUGUGUGCCAUGCUGUCCCGUCGGCGCCAAACACAGCCCUGGGCACUGCUGCUGGUUCGAGUGUUGGUCAGCGACUCGCUCUUUGUGAUCUGUGCCCUCUCUCUGGCUGCCUGUCUCUGCCUGGUGGCUCGGCGGGCCCCCUCAACCAGCAUCUACCUGGAGGCCAAGGGGACCAGUGUGUGCCAGGCUGCAGCCAUGGGGGGUGCCAUGGUCCUGCUGUAUGCCAGCCGGGCCUGCUACAACCUGGCAGCCCUGGCGCUGGCCCCUCACAGCCGGCUGGACACCUUUGAUUAUGACUGGUACAACGUCUCUGACCAGGCUGACCUGGUGAAUGACCUAGGGGACAAGGGUUACCUGGUAUUUGGCCUCAUCCUGUUUGUGUGGGAGCUGCUGCCCACCACCUUGCUUGUUGGCUUCUUUCGGGUACACCGGCCUCCACAGGACCUGAGUACCAGCCGAAUUAUCAACGGGCAGGUGUUUGGUUCUCGAUCUUACUUCUUUGACCGGGCUGGACAUUGUGAAGAUGAGGGAGGACCUUGGGAGCACAGCCGGGGAGAGAGUACCAGCCUGUCGGGAAGCCUGGGGGCUGGCAGCUGGUACAGUGCUAUUGGGCGGGAGCCCGGCUGGUGUGGAGGAAACCAGACCCGAACGGCACCGCUCCUCUUCUCCCAGGUGGCUGGGCCUGCUGGCCACCAUCACCACAGCCUCUACUCUACUCCACAGACAUGAGUGCUUCCCCCACCCCCUGAGCUGUCCCCCUGCCCAGUCUGCAGCUUCUAGUGCUGGGUCCUGCUCCUCCACCACUCCCUCCAGCUGGUGGUGGCACUGUCUGCCAGAUGCACAUUGCAUCCUGGCAUGCUGCCCUAACUUGCAUUGUGGAGCCAGCUACCUCUUCUGUGCCUCCUGCUCAAUAAACAGUGCUGUGUCCCUGUUGGA